UACUGAUAGCAACAACAACAACAAAAAAGGGGAAAAAAACGAAUUGAGCUGUUACGAGGAAUGCAGGCAAAGUGUUAUCACUUUCUAAAUAUUGUGUCUUUUUUGUCUGACUCUCUUGGGAUACUACCGCAACUGACGCACGUAGAGUGAUGGCUCCGCAUUAGCUUGGUCGCAUCACACGGUUGUUCGCGUUUCUCUUGUCAUACAUGAUUCCCAUCCCGUCAGCAUGACCAAAGACAUUGUAAUUGGAGAUGAUCUGCCUGACUGGGUGGGUGCCAAGGAGUUUUACCAGAAGUAUGACCCCAAAGAGGUGAUUGGCCGGGGCGUGAGCAGCGUGGUGCGCAGGUGCGUGCACAGACACACGGGGCAGGAGCUGGCCGUCAAGAUCAUCGAGAUCACCGCCGAGAAGAUGACCGUCCAGCAGCUGGAGGAGGUGAAGACGUCCACGCUCAAGGAGAUCCAAGUCCUCAACGUGGUCAAGGGCCACUCGUCAAUCAUUACACUCGUUGAUUCCUACGAGUCCACAACUUUCAUCUUCCUGGUGUUCGACCUUAUGAGGCGGGGGGAGCUGUUUGACUACCUCACAGAAAAAGUUACACUGAGUGAGAAGGAAACAAGGAGCAUGAUGCGAGCUCUUCUGGAAGCGGUGCGCUACCUCCACUCCCUCCACAUCGUCCACCGCGACCUGAAACCCGAGAACAUUCUGCUGGACGACCAGGGACACCUCAAACUGUCCGACUUUGGCUUCUCGGUGCAGCUGCAGCCUGGGGAGAAGCUGAGAGAGCUUUGCGGAACGCCCGGUUAUUUGGCUCCCGAAAUACUGAAAUGCUCCAUGGAUGAAAUGCACCCCGGCUACGGAAAAGAGGUUGAUCUCUGGGCAUGCGGCGUGAUCCUCUUCACCUUACUGGCCGGCUCGCCGCCCUUCUGGCACCGCAAACAGAUGCUGAUGCUCAGGAUGAUCACGGAGGGCCGCUACAAGUUCGGCUCGCCCGAGUGGGACGACCGCUCGGACACCGUGAAGGAUCUGAUCUCCCGGCUGCUGGUGGUGGAUGCCGGCGCGCGUCUGACGGCCGAGCGGGCCUUGGCGCAUCCUUUCUUCAGGCAGUACCAGAAGGACGAAGUGCGACUCUUCAGGCCCAGAAAGUCGUUCAGGGUGUUGAUCGUGACGGUGCUGGCCUGCAUCCGGAUGUACGGCCGCUACCGCAGGGCUCGGCCGCUGACGCGCGAGGUGCUGGCCCGCGAUCCUUACUCCCUGCGCGGCGUGCGCAGACUCAUCGACGGCUGCGCCUUCCGCAUCUACGGGCACUGGGUGAAGAAAGGCGAGCGGCAGAACCGAGCCGCCCUCUUCCAGAACACGGCUAAGGUCAUGUUGCUCGAGCUGGAGGACUUUGAAACAUAAACCUCAUUUCUAUUAUUGUUCUACAUUUUUUUUUUUUUUUUAAACAGAGCUGUUGUGUGUGUUUGCCAAGUUGCAGUUGAAUUUUAAAAUGAGGACUUGAUGAAUUUAUGCCUUACUGACUGCAUGCUGUCGCAAGCACGCAGACUUAAAAAAAAAAUAA